UGAGCCUGUGCUUGUGACUGCUAGGCGUAGAAUUCUCUAAAGUUAGUCAAUCCCUGUGUUUGUGUGAGAUAAUUUAUGGAUGCAUCUGUGUCUCUCUUCAAUUAAAGGAAGUUAGCAAGAUUACAUUUUAAUACAAACCGUAAAGUCCUUGUACGAUUAUAGGGCUUUCUCAACGGUAUAUAUAUUCUAUUCGCAUGUUAAUUGUGACUUAAAACCGACCUAGACUGACAGCUUAUGUGACCUUGACAUUUGUCUGUACUUGCGCCGUGCUCUUGUUCAGAAGGGAGAGGACACUUAGAAAGAAUAUGAAUCCAUCCAUAUGUGCCUACCUGGCCAGGCUGAGGAGAAAAGUACGUUAUUUCCAAAAUCGAUCAUUAACAUACGCAACAUUAUUAAAAGUGACCGUUUUAUUUCUACUGUCAACUUUGUAUAUUCUGCAAAAUUCCGUAAAAACAACAACCAAAGACACUACACUAGCGUGGUCAAACACCGCCAUUAAGAAAGCUUUACACCAAAAGGAGCCCACCAAGGCAGUCACCUUGAAACCAUGUGAAGACGGCGGACUAUCGGUGACUUUGUUGAUUAUGGUUAACAGUGAAUGUACUAAUUUCAAACAUCGGGCAGCGAUUCGUGAAUCCUGGGGCUCUGUGUCUGUGAGCGAUAAGAGUGUUCGAGUAAUAUUUGUGUUGGGUAUACCACGUGAUCAAGCUGUUCAGGAGAGCAUAAAUCUAGAGCAAGUCAUCUACAACGAUAUUCUAAUUGCAAAUGUAACAGAAGCCUACGAUAAAUUGACGUACAAAUCCAUUGCAAUAUUGAAAUGGGCUCACACGUUUUGCAGUAAAGUGAAAUACCUUAUUAAAGUAGACGAUGAUAUAUUUUUCAACGUUCGUAGACUCCUGUUGGAUCUAGAGAACAACAAACCCGUCAAUUCUAUUAUAGGAUGCGAGGAAAGUAAAAAUGCUCCCGUUAGGUUCUUUUUGUUCAAAUGGCACGUGACACGUGAACAAUACAGCGCUGAUACCUACCCCGUGUAUAUAACAGGACCAGCGUACCUCAUCACGGGGGACAUCAUAUCCAAACUGUACCGGGCGACAUUCGAUGUGCCGUACUUCUUUAUUGAGGAUAUUUUUAUAACAGGACUGGCCAGAGAGAAGAUAGGAGCGCGCGAAAUUGGUCAUAAGGAGUUUUCUUGUAGUUACCGGGACAGAAGCCCGUGUGGGGUCAGUUUUAGAGAUUACAUGGUGGGCCAUCAUUAUUAUCCGGACGAAAUGGUCAGAAUGUGGUCUGAAUUAAAUGACCCAAAUGCCAAAUGUCGAUUUCGGGAUAAUUACUUGAUCGCUACAAUUCUUGAUUUCUUUCACGGAUGAUCAUCCGCAUUGCUCAUAUACGCAAUAUUCUCUAACUGCUUGAAGCCCUAUCACGGGUGAUCGUUCAUUUGUUUAGAUACGCAAUACGUGUAUUAUCGAACUGUUCAAAAUGUUACGGAGUAAUAAGUAAUUCUUAGCUAAUUUAUUGGAAUUACCUGCUUUUAAGGGCUUUUAAAUAUCAAAGGCUUUUAAAACCAUUUUUAAAGAAAAAAAUUUAAUGUGUAUAUAGCUCUAUAUACGUUUUCAUUUUUAAAAUAUUGCACAUUAGUUGUAGAAUCUAAUUUUUUUUGGAAGAAUAUCUAUAUUUUAAGAAAAAAAGUCUUGCACGUGUGUCUGUCAGAGAGAGAGAGAGAGAGAGAGAGAGAGAGAGAGAGAGAGAGAGAGAGAAGAGAGAGAGAGUAUAAAAACUAUUUGUACCUUUUUAUUGAUUUUUUAAUUAAAGGAUAACACGGGUUGUCUCUAU